UUUUAAUAUUACGAGUAAUAGUUAGUUAAUUUUAACUCUUUACUUUUUUGUGAGAUAUAUAAAGUCCAUGCCCUUGAUUUCAUGAUCACAAAUACCAAUUACAAUUCUGAACAAUGGCUACCCCCAUGCAAUAUUAUAACUCCAUACCGCCUGUUGCCAAGACUUACGCAAGCAUCUGUUUUUUGACGUCUUUGGGCCGUCAUCUUCAGCUUUACAACCCUGGCAUCUUAGCUUUAUAUUAUGAAGACGUGUUUAAGCACUUUCAGAUUUGGAGGCUUAUAACGAGUUUCUUUUUCAUCGGAUCGUUCUCAUUCACAUUUGCAUUUCGGUUAUUCAUCAUUUUAAAAUAUGGUGUUCAGUUAGAACGGGGCCCAUUCGACAAAAGGACUGCAGAUUAUGUAUGGAUGUUCUUCUUUGGAGCACUCUCAUUACUGGUUGUUGCUGCCAUUCCUUUUUUAUGGUUCCCAUACAUGGGAGCUUCGUUGGUUUUCAUGAUUGUUUAUGUCUGGAGUCGUGAGCUCCCAAACACUCGUAUUAACAUUCAAGGUCUUGUAGAGUUGAAGGGGUUCUAUUUGCCUUGGGCUAUGCUUGCUAUCGAUUUGGUGCUUGGAAAUCAAUUGAUGCCAAGUUUACUAGGGAUUGGAGUUGGCCAUUUGUAUUACUUCAUGACAGUUCUUUACCCUCUUGCUGGUGGCAGCAACUUUUGCAAAACUCCUAUUUGGGUUCACAAACUUGUGGCAUACUGGGGCAGGGGAUACCAAAUGAACAGUCCGAUUCGGAGGGACACGUCAAGAGGAGUUGCUUUCCAAGGGAGAAGCCGUCGCGUCGGGGGAACCAUGAGUGCUUCAACUAGGGAACAGAGGAAUACUAGUGACGGGCAAACAAACACACCAAAGCCACCAAAUGGUGGAGCCUUUAGUGGCAGGAGCCGUCGUCUGGAUGGACAGUAGCGCGUGAGGUUUUUAAUAUUGAUUACGAACUAUUUUAAAAACAAAAUGCAUGUUAUUGAUCUUGGAUAUGUUACAUAUAUGUACACUUAUUCUUUUAUA